GAGGCAAUACAUCUACAAACUGAUGGUGUUAAAACUGAACAUUGUUUCAGAAUAGAGCACCAUUUAAGUAUUAAAAUAAUGUAAUGUUUUUGAUGAUAGAUCACAAAAACAGCAAUUUUAUCAUUCUAUAAAUGAGAAUAUGGCAUUUUUGCAUUAAUUUAAAAUUCAAGCAUACUGCCUCAUGAUAUAAUAUUUUACAUACCAGAAGUUCAUUGUGAGCAACAUGUAAUAAUCUGUAUCUUCAGAAUAUGGAUCUCUGAAUUGCUGGCAUAAUGAAAGCCUACCCAAGUGCCCUUGCGACUCUUUUUGUAAAUUUUAGGUCUAAGCCCAAGCUUUAAAAUAAUGCAAUUGAGUAUAGUAUGAUAAUAUGUAAUAUACAUAAAUUUUCUUCAUAACGAUGCAUUUACUUUCUAAAAUCUGAGGCAGAGGAGGAAUCAACCUACAGGAAAGGUGUAAAGUGGACUUAUUAGGCCUAAAAUGUGUAAAACUAAUGACACAUGUACAGGGGUAGUUCAUUAUUGGAGACCUUUAUUCUGCAGAUACAGCUAAUCAUGUAAGGGUGAUAUAUGGACCCCAUGCUAAGGAAAAAAAUUGUAUUUUAGAUCUCAAAGACUCCGCAUAUGGUAUGUGAAAACAGGUUUAGCACCCCUUAAUUGUCAUGAUUAACAUAAAUUUGAACUGUAUAUUUGGAAUCUAUAUAUUAAAGGAUAAUAAUCUGGUUAUUUUAAAACUUGAAAUGCUUUUCAUAGUUUUUUCAACAGAGAUCAAUGGGCCAUUCAUUGUUGUGUAUCUGGCAUAUCCAGGAUUUUCUUUUCAAGCUCUCAGAAGAUCUAUAGUCUUAAAUUAACUGUCUUGUCAACUAAGCUAGGGGUUCCGAAACCUAUGAUGCAUCUGAGCAGCCAAGAGAUUUUCUGUGGCUUGUGCUUAAUUAGAGGAGUUACUAUCGUAAUAUAUUUCAGUAACAUAAUAUAAUAGUUAAGGACAAGAAAUCUGUUGGUCAUGGCAUCCAUUGAACUCUGAACUGAACUUAAGCAAAAAAAUACUCAAAGUCAGCCCUUGUGAUUGAAGUGUGUAUCAAUUCUUCUGUUAAACUUCCUUUAAUUUGCUGUAUCCACCCAUUUAAAAGGCCUACCAAUCUAUUAGAAAAAUAAAACUGACUUAGCUGAAAAUAACUUCAACCUUGCCAAAAUCUGCAUCCAAACCUAGUUCUGUUAUUUUUACCAUUAAGAUGAUGCAUUGACACUGUUAGUUCCAUUAACAAUCUUGUAGUGCUAUUUUAUUUAUUUUUGUUGCUGUCGUUCUUCUGUUCGUUUAAAAACAUUUUAGGAUCAUAACUUUAUAAAUAAUUUUAAAAUAAAAAUAUACUUGUAUAGUGUGUCUUGUUCUGCAACCUAUAUGUAUGCCUCAGUCUUGUGGUUUGCUAGUGCAUCACGACCCACAGUUUGUUAACCAAUGAAUAAAGCUUUUGUUCAUUCUUAGUCAGUCAGGCUUAGUGUUAUUUUGCUUCAGAAUGAUGUUCCAUGGCCUCCUCAUUUAGAACCUGUGGUAGACAUUAUGGACUUUUGCAUGGUUUUAUGAUUGACGAAACUAAUAAGACAUGAAAUACCAGUGGCGUCUCAGUCCUGAAUACGGUGCUGGAGUGUACUGUGUGACAUUGCUACCAGGAGCUGUUCUCGUAGGAUAUUUACGGUAUUUAGGCUCUGUUAGUGAGCUGUAUGAAGUAGCAUGCUUCCUGUGUGGAUUUCUACUCACAGCAAGUACUAUUACUUUACUGUCUGAUCAACUUAAUGGCAUACCAUUGCCUCCUGCCAUGCUUCUGCUUCCACCAUUAACUGAAAGCAUGCUGCUGUUUAUCGUCUCAAAACUAGGUCUUCUUACAUCACUUUGUCUUAACUACUUCAACCAUCUUGUGUUUAAUAAACUUAUACUGUCAGUUGCCGAGUGUUUCCCCAGAAGUUUCACAGUGGGUGAGGUAUUCUUUGUGACACAAGGAAUGGUACUUUUUCUCAGUGUGUCAUUAUUGUACCUGGGACAACUAGCUGUAGUACCACAAAUAUCAAUGAUGUCUUCAAAUGUAUCAAGUUUUUCUCAAAUAGUGUUAGUGGGAUGCAUAUUGUUUGUACUGGUGGUACACAAGUCACCUUACUUUCGUAAUCCGGUGCAAUUUUAUGUGCUAUUCCUGGCUGUAGGGGCACUUUUGAUCUAUCCUGGCUGUUACUUUUUCUUAAGACAAGAACCAAUCAUGUGGCUGUUACUUUUUUGUUUGGGAACACAAAAAAGAGUAAGCUUGAUAAUUUUCUGGGCCCUAUCUUUAAUUAGUUCUGCUCUUUUUGUGGGAAGUUGGCAUGGAAAGGUUUCAACCAUUACAAGAAAGUUUUUUCACAUUAUGGUGAUUAUAGUGUAUGUUCCUGGGCUGCUCAUGGAGGGUGAACUUCUCUACCUGGCUAGUGGAGUGAUGUUUGCUCUAUUUAUUUUGAUUGAAAUCAUCAGACUUUUCAAGAUUCCUCCAAUUGGUGAGGCAGUGCAAACAGCUUUUUCUGUGUUCCUUGAUGAAAAGGAUUCAGGUCCUUUAAUACUGACUCAUAUUUAUCUGUUGGUUGGCUGUUCAUUACCUUUAUGGAUUUGCCCAGUUCCGUUUAACAUAGGAAAAAUACCCCCUCCAGUUUGGAGUGGUGUUUUAGCACUUGGAUUUGGUGACACAGCAGCAUCGGUUGGAGGUACUUUGUGGGGAAAACACUAUUGGUCGGGUAGUAAAAAAACUUACGAAGGAACACUGUGUGGAUUUGUUGUACAACUCUUUGCCACAUUCUUGUUGUUACCGUGGGGUGGAACUGUACUAACACCUUUUAGUACUGCUACGGUUGUUUUGGCAACAUUAGCCUGCUGUCUCCUAGAAGCCCAUACCAAUCAAGUGGAUAACUUAGUACUUCCUACAUUUUUGUACAUACUUCUAUGUUUUGUGUGAGUAUGUAUAAGGUUAUCAGAUAUGAAUGUUCUUUAUUAUUAAUGUUAGUAGGUAUAUAUUCUGUCACAGAAACAGCUAAUGUUUUGUACCAAGUUUUAUGUAAGCAUAAUUAGUGUUAAACAUUUGUUGUUUAUAGUUAUGACUGGAUGAUGUAUUUGCAUUGAAUGAUGAUAUUUUUGGGAUCCAUCUUAAUAAUUGUAUGUAAAUAUAAGAAUUAAUGAUGUAAAAUUGUGUAAAUAAUUAAAAAAGAAAUUAUAAUAUAAUUUUGAUACAAUGGAAGUAACUCAAACCAAGGCAUAAAUAUAUUAUUGAAAAUAAAAUGCAUUAACCAAUAUUACAUGUUAAUGUAUUAAGAAAGUGUUUUAUACCUUUCUGUUUUAAGCUGUUAAAUCAUGUUGGUUCUAAUAAUUGAAUCAAGUAAUUAAAACAUGUUUGGAAAAUCUGCUACCUUCAAUAAAAUACUGAAAAGUAAAGAAAUAAUGUGUCACAACUGUAUUUUAUUUUACAUGAAGGACAGGAGUUCAAAAAAUACACCUUUUAAGUCUAUAGGAUGUGGAUUUUUAAAAUUAUAUCAUCAAAGUAAUAAAUUAAAACUAACAUGAAAUACUGUUAGACAAAGUGGACAUAAAAAUAUCAGUGAAAAAGAGAAGUAAAAAAUUUAAAAAGAAAAUAUGAGGAUUAAUUAAUACGAGAAAAAUUAGUGGUCUUCAGAUCUCUCCUUGUAGGUGGAGAGACAAGUAUAAAUGGUUCAUAAGUGCACAAGCAUAAUAUGUUUAAAUAGGAAGAUCUUGCUAUAAUAGUGAGUUGUGGAAUGUAGAGAAUAUUGGAGAUUCUGUGAUGUUUUAAAAUAACAAAGAAAAAAAGGUUUUCUCUGGUGAUUUUCUGUGUACCAGACUUUUAAAGCCAGUUUUUAUUAUAGAUAUUGAAAGACAUUGCAUGCAUUGUAUUCCGUGUAGUAAAAAAUGUGUGCUUACAGUUUUCUCAUGUUUUAGCUUUAUAUCAGCAUUGUUGUUUAUCAAUUUUGAGAUUUCAUUGUGUGGUCAGUUUCACCAUUGGGGAAGAUGAUAAAGUUGGAGAAAGUGCGACUUAGAGAUAUACUGCAUUCUUAAGAGUUUCGAUGGAUGUGACUUUUGUCAUCUAUUUUUGGAUGAUUCUCGUAUUCACUAUCGUCACAAAUGUGAUAUUAACAGAAAAGGCAAGGUUUUAAUCCUUUAUUCAUUUUGGGAUUAAUGGGGGAAGAAAAUUUGGAAGUUAUGAAUGUAUCCUUCAGAUUUGAUAAUGAGAGAAACUGAUGAUGGUAGGCUUAUUAAAGUGACUUUUUAGAAAAGUAUUUAUUAGCAAUAAUCUGUUUGAAUUUUUUAAAAUUAUUAAAGAAACACAAUGGAUUUAACAAUGGUCUAACAUUCCACAAUUUGAAUAUUUCCAGUCUCCAUAUAAUAUAGAAUUUAGAUAUCAUAUCUACAUUUCAUAUAACAUGGAGGUCAUUCUCAUAAAAAAUCUACACUUAUAACUAAUAAUUUACUAACUUGUGUAUUUUAAUCAAAUUGUAAACAAAAAAUAGAAACAUUUUGGUUAUAAAACAGAAAGAAACAAAUCAUAUUUCAAGUUCUUCAGCUAAAGAAAGACAGUUUUGUUGAAAAGAGGAUGGAAAAUGAUUUUUAAAUAAGAGUUAUGUGACUGAUCUUUUAAAGUUAAUGAGGUUUUAAAUAGGUAUCUUUGUGAUCAAGGUACUGGAUAGGAGAAAAACGUAUAUAAUGUAACUGAUAGAUUAACAAUUUAAGACUAUAUAAUUACGUGUAUUAAUAUUUUGUUCACUGCAUGAAAAGGUUAUUAACAUUUAUAUUUUGAACAUUGUGAUACUUUUUGUUUUGAUUCACUUAAGAUGUUUCUGCCAAAGAAUAAAAUAAUUUGAACAAAGUAAUUAGAGUUUAUGUAUGUUAAUUAAAAAUUUUGUAGUUGUUUGAAUUUUUUUUUAAUUUGCAAAGAGGCAAUUAUGAAGUGUUAUUGUAUUGGAAAAAAAUUAUUUUUCUUUAACUGUUUAUGAACUCAUCAUAAGUGUGGCAUGAAUAAAAAUAUUGAGUCAGAUUUUUGGAGGUUCUUAAUAAUACCAUCAAUACAAAAGGCACACUGGGUGUGUGAAAAAAAAAGUAAAUGGAUUGUAGGGCAAUGCAGGUGCCCAAAUAGUAACUGAAAUCCUAACAUGAUGGACACAAUAACGAAUUUGUUCAAUUACAUGGGGAACUACUUCAGAAUUUUCAGGACCAAUGAACUAUCAAAUUGUGUACUUAUUACUGAUAU